CUUGCUUUGUCGCAGUCUGAGUGACACCAGAUAGGGAAAAAAUGGCGUCUAGUGUACCCCCUAGACCUGCUGAGGAACCAGAGGAGGAGGAAGAAGAAGAUGAGGCUCCCGAAGAGGAGGAGGAAGAGUACAGCUUCUUACCGUUGGUGCACGACAUUAUUAAAUGCAUGGAUAAAGAUAGCCAGGAUGUGUACCAGGAGCUCGGCGAGCUAAAGAACAAGUUCCAAGCCAUGAGAAAGCUGGUUAACAACAUGCCCGGCAUAGACUUAAGCCCAGAACAGCAACAGCAGCACGUGCACAACCUACGGGAACAAGUUAAGACCAAGAAUGAAUUGCUGCAGAAGUAUAAGACUCUGUGCAUGUUCGAGAUACCGAAGGAGUAGCCAAGAGACCCUUGUUUGCUCUUUUGCUAAACUAAGGGAAGUAUUUAAGAACUGCCAAAGACUCGUUGCUGGUCCGUAAAAUGACUAAUAUAUUUAUUUUUGACACAUUAGGGCUGAUUAAUAAAUCCCACUAUAAUUUUUCAGCAUAUGUUUAUUUAAUAUGGAGUUUGCUAUGUUUCAAAAAAAUCUACAAGUAGGAGUGUUCUCCUCCAGAAAUGUUUGCCAACUGGGCGGUAUUAUGAAGUAACUGGGUAGGAGGUAGGGUAAUAAUUUGCGCUAUCAUCAUCAUAUUUUCUGCUAUUUAUGAAUGCUGUUUAAAGGGACAGUAAAGAGCUUGAAAAAGGGGCAGGUGCCCCGAAACGUUGCUCGUUAAUAAAGGUAUAGCUUUUAA